GCAGCGUCCUUUAUGAAUCAUAAGCUGCCGGGAAGAAAAAAACUUUUUUAAAGACAGAAUCAAUUAAUAUAAAUAGAAAGGGUUAGUUAUGAUAUGGGAUUAUCUUUCAAAAUCUAUCAUUAUAAAUGAAAUUCAGCAGCAAAAAACCCGUUUUAUCGCUAUUAGCAGCAACCCUUCUCGUUGGAUCGAAUGCACUGGAGAUGCAACCUUCGUUUAGAGAGGGAAACUUCAAAAAUAUUGCCUUUACUGCAUUGAUAGGUGGCUCGUCCCACCACAAUUGGGUAUUAUCUAUCAUCGAUGAGCUCGGUGAUCGUGGACAUAAUGUGUCUUAUUUGACUUCCACACAAGAAACCCGAUUUGGCCAACCUUUUCAAAAUGUCAGAACCGUUGACAUAGGACCCGAGGUUCCUUAUGACAAGGUUAAGGUAAUGCAAGAUAUGUGCUCUGGAAAGCCUCCAAUCGAAAUAUUUUCUAAAUCGAUGCCUUUAAUGACUGCACAUUACGAAAGAGACUAUUUUACUUAUCUAAGUUAUUUUGAAAGUAAUCGCAUUGAUUUGGCGCUAUGUGAUCACUUUGUAGAUGCAUGUGUUGAUGCUGCAAAUACUUUGAGCAUACCAUUUAUUGUAACAUCAACCCUUGACUACACUUCUGAGGCCGCUGCACCCUACAUUAACAACAACAUGAACACCAUGAGCGAUUAUACAACUGAAUUCCAAAGCUUUUCAACACGUUUCAAGAACAAAUUCAUUGUCCCUUUAGAUGCCCUAUACAGAUUUUAUCCGCAUAUCAAAGACAUGAUGGCUAGAAAAAGAGCCAUCGGGAUUGAAGCCAAAUUCGAGACCCCCGAAUCCGCCUGGAAAGAUUCUAUUAAAUUGGUCAACAGUUUAUUUGGGUAUACUGCUGCUAGACCCUUGGGUCCCCUGUCAGAACAUAUCGGUCCUAUUAUUCCCAAAAAGUACAAACCCUUAACCGGCGAGCUUGAGCAGUACUUUAGCUCUCAUGAACGUGUUGCCUAUAUUGCAUUCGGUCAGCAGGCCGUACCUUCGGAACAAAAUAUCAGACUAAUUUUAACAGGUCUCUUAGAGAGUAUCGAGGCUGGGACUCUAGAUGGAUUCCUUUGGGCCACUGUCAACUCCGGUGGUAGCUUCCCUGAUUCCAUUACCACUUCUUCCAAUACCACUUAUAAUGUUCUGGAUAUGUUUAGCCACGCAAACCCUCAUGCGCGUAUGAUUAAAUGGGCUCCUCAAAUUGCUAUUCUCGCACAUCCAUCGACGGCAGUAUUUGUGUCUCACGGCGGUUUAGGCUCUUGGUAUGAAUCUAUGUAUGCUGGUACACCUAUGAUCAUGUUCCCAUUUUUUGGGGAUCAACCUGGUAAUGCUUUAAUCAUUGAACGUAGUGCAUUAGGUGGUAUUAUCAAAUCAGACGGCCCUGUAGAAGAUGCUGUUGAGUUAUUUAAGAAGGUUGUUAUCGAUGAAGACGACGAAAUCAAGAAGAAUGUCAAACGUAUUCAAGCUCUCACUCAAAUCCAUUCCGAACAUAGCAUUCUUCGUGCUGCCGAUAUUGUAGAAGAGGUUGCUUAUACUCAUAAAGACAACAAACUUCUUCAUCGUCAAACUGCCAGUCUUAAUAUGCCAUAUAUUAAAUCUCACAACAUUGAUUUGUAUGCUGCUCUCUUGUCCCUUUUGACUGGUGCUUUAGCCUUAGCUGUCUUCAUAAUUAGCAAGGCUUUGGGGGCGAAGCAAAUAAAAAUGAAGACGCAAUAGACUGCUGUAUUAUAUAUUUCACCGUACAAUUAUUACCUCACUUUACUAUCAUUUAAUUAAAUAAAUUGUCAUUUCAUAAGUUGUAAAUCAUCU